CCCUCUCCCCCUCGCCCCCCAAUCUCAUUCCUCUCCUCAUAUUUGCCAUUUGAGCCGACACUUCACUAAAAUAACCAUCCUUCAUUAACAUCAUCUCUUUUUCUUCAUACAUAUGAGAGAAGGAGCAACAGCAUCAGAAAGAAGUAGCGGUUCAUCGUCGAGGAAGAGUAGUAGUAGUGUAUGUGAUGGAGAAUCAGGUUGUUUCGCCACCCCAUGUGGAUGCAUCUCGACCGUCCCUCGGCUUCCCUCUUGGCACUGCCCUCCUCUUAAUCAUCAUUUUCAGCUUGAGUGGUAUCUUCUCCUGCUGCUACCACUGGGACAAGCUCAGAUCACUCCGCCGAUCUUCCGCCGGCCACACCGAUCCCCAUCCCGAUAUCGAAGCUUCUCCCUCCAAACCCAUGCCUGAUUUCUUGGAUUUAAAGAAAAACCAAAGCCAAAGCCUACCUGUAUUAAUGCCGGGAGAUGAGAUCCCAAAAUUCAUAGCAUUACCAUGUCCGUGUCAGCCUCCACGGCAAGACAAGGUUGAAGUGAAAAUGGAAAAGCCACCCAAGCCAGCGCGUUGCCCAGUACCUUUUGGAUUGGCUAUUUGACGAUUUGUUGUACAUAAUUUGGAGAAAUUAGAUUAAUUUUCCCUUUUCCCCAUGAGUUUUUACCAGUAAAAGAAAAAGGAAGAGGUGAGUUUGUGUGUACAAUUUCAUGCCAUCAUUCCCCCAAGGAAGAAGAUUCCAAUUGUUUUUGUCAGUUGGAAAAUGAGAUGGCUUAAUGAAAUCGGUAUCCAUAAAAGCAUAGAUCCAGAUCUCACUGUUUAAGUUUAUAGAUUAUGUACGUCAUUCAUUUAUAUCACACACCCUAGCUUAUUCCCCAAUGUCAUGUAAUCUUUCCUUCAUUCUUAAAUUUGCAGUUUGUUUUGUAACAGCAAACUUGGUUGAAGUUUUUAAGUCCAAUUUUCUUGGCUAAGCAAACUAUGUAUUUUCUUUCCUAGAAAGAGGUCUAGGUAUCUUUAGUGUUCAUUUUUCAGUACAUGAAGGAUUGAAAACUAUUUUUCUAUUUGAGGUGCCUUAAUUUUUUUACUACACUCUGGUCUAUUUGGGGAUAGGGAAGUGGAAACAAGUUAGCCCUUAUCUGUAAAGGACCAGUGCGUAAAAUUAGGCAAACCUGUAGGGCUUUUCUAUCAAUAUGCUUUUGUAAGGACAAGUUUCAAGUCAAGCAAAAGCACAUUUUCCAUGUUAAUGGUACUUGUUAUGGUAUUAUCUCA